GCAACAAUGAGUGGAUCGCUGCUGAAAGGAGUUUUCAGACGAGAUGAAACGCGACUGAAGGAAAAGGAAGAAUGCUUGGCUGAUGAACCUGACAGCGUGCCAUGCACGCCUAUCACUCCGUUCCUACAUUUUCAGGUCACUAGCGAACAGACAAAUGGCAGUGCUAUGGAGGAUCCAACACCGGAAGCCUACAUAACUUUUUCGGUGCGCAUACGCUUAAAAGAAGGGCGCAACCUGGUAAUUCGGGAUAGUUCAGGUGCACCACAUUUUCUCUCGGUGGUGCACAAGAGUUUGAACCCAGUUUGGGAAGAAGAAUUCACACUUCUCAUUGAUGAUCCGACCAUGCCCAUUCAAGUGGAUGUAUACGAUUACGACCGAUGGGCCACCGAUGAUUAUAUGGGUGGAGCUGUUAUUGAUCUCAGUCAGCUUAAACUUUUUCAGAUGACGAUCAUGAAACUGAAGCUUCAUGAAGAAGGAUGUGAAAACUCGGGAGCCAUCGAUGUAGUCGUUACAGUGACACCGCUAACAGCUCAUGAGAAGGAUGAAGUAAGUUUUCUAAAAAAAGCAACACGCGGGAUUAUUUGUGAGCGACCAAAGAAGACACCACCAAAAACUACCCAGGUUUGGACAUCCGUAGUGAAUAUUAUUUUGGUCGAAGGACGAAAACUAUCAAUUCCGGACAGCCCCAAAAACAGCUUCCCGGAUUCAUUUGUGAAAUUCAAGCUUGGUGGCGAAAAAUAUAAAAGCAAGCCGGUCUUGCGAAGCAGUAAUCCGAAAUGGCUGGAGCAAUUUGAUUUGCAUAUGUUUGAUGAAACGAAGCAUGUUCUGGAAAUGAUAGUCAUCGAUAAGAGGACCAACAUCCCCAUCGGCAAAUGCACGUUGGAUUUAGAUAAACUGGAGAAGGAGACACCGAAUCAGCUGCUCUGUGAGCUCGAUCGAGGCAACGGGUCGAUACUUUUACUGAUAUCGGUAACGGGUACGACAUCUACGGAUGCAGUUGUUGACUUGUCCGACUUCUCCAACGACGACAUCCGGAAUGUUCUUCUCGAAAAAUAUGUUGGUGUUUUGUGA